AUGAGGUCUCUGUGGCAAUCACAGAAUGGAUUACCCUCGGGGUCUUUGGGGAUAAGAAAGAGAACGAGAGAAAGAGAGAAGAAGGAAGAGAAGGAGGGAGGAGGAGGAAGGAGGAAGAGAGAGAGAGAGAGGGAAAAAAAACAUGGUUAUCUGGAUUUAUCUCCGGGUAAUGUUGUAAGUAGGAUUGUAAUUAAGUGGCGGAAGGAUGGAGGAAACGUAGGAAAAGAUGCGAGGGAUCUUCCGGCACGUAAAGAAGUCGAGUCGGCCAUGAAUGGUAAACAGCAUAUGUCUCUUCAUCCUCCCAUCAACACCGCCACCGGGACUUGCUUCCCUGGAAGAUAUUCUCCCACCUACCGCAGUGCGGAUCCUAUGCGGAGACAUUGUAUGGGAAAUCCACCGGGGAACUUAUUUCCGAGUCUCGAUGAUACUUUAAUGGGGAGAGCCGACGGUUUGACAGCUGUCGACAUCAGCAAACACUCACCGAGUGGAGGUGCUACACUUCAUCUAAAACACGAUAUGAUGUACGCUCAUCAUCCAGGAAUGGGAAGUGGACAUCCCACCGCAAAUAGUAGACCACACCAUUCUCAAGUGAGCCAUCCCGGAAUGGACACCAUGGAUCUGUUAGAUCCGUUGUGCCCCUCGUCUCUUCCUCCGCUCACCAUGGCAGCGGAUAACAACUCGAUGAAUCCCCACGGCCAUCCUCAACUGCACAGUUCUAUAUACAGCCACAGCAUGAAUACCAUGAUGAGUUCCCAUCACACUCUCUCCUCUCAUCAUACUUUAGCCAUGCACGACGUCGACACGGAUCCCAGAGAGCUGGAGGCAUUCGCCGAGAGAUUCAAACAGCGUCGUAUCAAACUGGGAGUCACACAGGCGGAUGUGGGGAAGGCACUGGCCAAUCUCAAGCUACCAGGAGUCGGAUCCCUGUCUCAAAGUACAAUUUGCAGGUUCGAAUCGUUGACCCUAUCACACAACAACAUGGUGGCACUCAAACCCAUACUCCAAGCAUGGUUAGAAGCUGCAGAAGCUCAAGCUAGAAACAAGAGAAGAGACCCGGAUAGCCCCAGCGUGCUGCCAACAGGUGAGAAGAAGAGGAAGAGGACAUCGAUAGCGGCACCCGAAAAACGUUCUCUGGAAGCAUAUUUCGCCGUGCAGCCCAGACCCUCCGGUGAAAAGAUAGCGGCCAUUGCCGAAAAAUUAGAUUUGAAGAAGAACGUGGUACGAGUUUGGUUCUGUAACCAGAGACAGAAACAGAAGAGGAUGAAGUACUCGGCCACCACUCAUUAG